UCUGCUAUCCCAAUGCUCACGGUAUCUAAUGCCCCUAUCGCUAUCAUCUUUUCCUUGUUCUUGUUCCUAUUUUCUUUCUUGUUAGAUAGAUAUGCCUUUAUUAUGUCUUUCCAUUCUCUUGUAGAAUUCCUCGCUUUCCAAUAGACAAGAGUCACUGGGCGAGUUCUUCUUAACUAUACUGCCCACUAACUCGUCGACCCGACAUUUCUGCUCAACUCACCGGGGAAAUGGCCAUGCCGCCACCGCCGCCCACGGGCAUGCCUCCGAUGGGGCCAAUGGGGCCGAUGGCUCCGAUGGCUCCGAUGGGACCGAUGGGACCGAUGGGUCCGCCGCCGGCAGCCGACAUGCCUGGGAUGGGGACGAUGCCAGUGAUGCACGCGGCCUUCUUCUGGGGGCACCGAGCGCAGGUACUCUUCCGCGACUGGCCCGGAGACCGUGCCGGCGCAGGUAUGUACGUCCUCUGCCUCCUCAUCGUGCUCGCGCUCGCCGCGCUCGUGGAGGCCCUCUCCGCGGCGUCGAGGGGGGUCUCCAGCCGCCGGCCGGCCGCGGUGCUGGCGCUCACGGGGCUGCACGCGGUGAAGAUGGCGCUGGCGUACCUGGUGAUGCUGGCUGUCAUGUCGUUCAACGUCGGCGUCCUCCUCGCCGCCGUCGCCGGACACGCAAUCGGGUUCCUCCUCGCGCGGAGCGCCGUGUUCCGCCAAGCGACUCCGGGUGACGCGCCCCAGAACGGUGCUCUCAUUCCCUCGGAGGCUGAGCCCAAACCUUAAGUUUGACAUGAUUAGAUGCUGGAAAUUGUUUUAUUAAAACCCGGAUGGAUACUGAAUAUGAAAAGCACAUGUAUGGAGUA